CAUCUUAGCAGUUUCGACGACGGAGGCAAGAGGAGCAGAUCGGUGACGUCGCGUCGCGGAUCAAAUAAACAUCGAGUGCACGCAAGCGGGUCCUUGGCUUUUAUACGAGUAACAACGACAUAUCGUGGGAGCUGUGUGUGCCGCCGCAGGUGUUCACCGGUACGCCGAUUGUACGGUUUUGUGAAUAAACCGCGUAAUUGUGUCCCGUCGGAGCGAUUGUGUGUACUAUUGGAAUACAAUACCGCUACAAUUGAUACCACACGCAGCAGCAGUGAUCGAGCAACGUCGUCGUCAUUGACGAGAAUCACGUGUGCAACGAUGUCGCGCCGUUUAACGCUCGCGUAGGCAACCCCGUCAUCGCCGUCGCCGUCGCCGUUGCCGUCGUCGUAAUCUUUUUGCUCUUCCUCUCUAGAUCGGCUGCGCGGCGAACCGCGGUGGACUCAUGGAAGGCACGUUGGAGGAGCCCGCUAUUAAGGACACUUCUCGGAAUAGUCCCGAUAAGCACCUGAAAGAUAUGAUUAUUCCAAAUGGUGUCAAUGGGAACUAUAGUGCUGACAACGAAGAAUAUAUGGAUAUCAGUGAUGACACAGGCAAGGGUGUAUCCAGAGAAAUUAUCACGGAAGAGGAGGAGGGUGAUGAAGAAGAUGAAGAUGAAAUGGAUGAUGAGGACGAUCAUGAGAGAGUAGCUGAAGGAGAAGAAGACAAGAACGAAGAUAGUGGGCAGAACGAAGCAGUAGAUAGUAGUAAGGAGGAAGGUGAAACGUUUGAUGGGAAAAAUGACUUUAAAGUAUCGAAAUCGUCCGAAGGUGUCAGUGAGACGAACAAUUCUAGUGAAGUGUCUAAAACUGAAUCCGAGUGUAAAAACACAUCCUGUGAACCGAUGGAAGUAGACGAACAGAGUAAUAAUUCUGAUGUCGAGUGUCUUGACGAAACCAUCACAGAAAUACAACUGGAUAAUGACGAUGUGUUCAUCUCGAAAAAAACUGUUGAGAAGCAAGACGAUAUGUCGUCCAACUGCAGCUGCGACAGUGACAUUGCCGACAGCAGUAUGGAGAAGUCAGAUGACAAGCUGUGCGAGGAGAACGGAAGCUGUGACAGUCCUGAUAUCGAGGAAAUAACCGACAGCGCGAAAAAUAAUGGUCAUAAUGUGUCAAUAGAACGUGUUAAAGACCCCUCUAAACAGAGGAAACCACGAAAACAACUAGAUCUCAGUAACAUCACGCCAAGAAGAAGCUCGCGUAAUAUUAAACGAACAAGCUACAUAGAGAAAGAACUUGAGGAAGAGGUGGAGGACGAUGGAUCUGACAUAGAAGAAAUUAAGCCGGAAGACCCGUUGGCUGUUAUCGACAGCAAAGAUAAGGAGAAUACGAAGCUGCUGAAGUCGCCAAUAAAAAAUAGUAAAACCACCAUCGUCGUGAAUGAUACCAAGCGUCUGGUAGAAAUUGCCGCCGGUAGCAAAUCGAUCAAGGGCGGAAAGAAGGAACCUACGUUAGUUAUAAUAGACACGAACUCCAUUCUUUCAGGACGCGGUGGCGUACCUGUGAGUAACAGUAAACCUCAUCAUUCUGUCUCUAACUCCAGUCCGUUCUCGGUCGUCCCGAUGGGUAGUAUGACAACACAGUAUUCCAAUCUGAGGACGACCAUCACGCCAGUACCCAUGACUUCGAAAACGGCGCAACUGAGUCCGAAGACCAGUAUGACCACGGUUACGCCGACCGUGGCGCCGGUCUUACCGUCGUUGACCGAUGAUAUGUUCGUGGUCGAAGCUCCGUCGUUCAUAGUACCUUACGUAUACGAGAAGCCGCCUCUGAAACCGUUGAAAGAAUUCGUCACUAAGUUGCAGAAGAGCAUCGAGGAAAGGGAGAAGGAGGAGAAGCUGAAAAGAAUCGCUGACGAGGGCAAGGACAAUGACGAGCACGGAGAAGACUUUUUGGAUAUCGCUAAAAAGAACAAUGACAAGUCCGAAGAGAGCGAAGGUGAGGGAAGAAGCAAGAAGGACGGGGACGACCAAGGUGGUGAUAAUUCAAUAGAUUUAACCGAGCACGGAUUCAGCAUAGGUGACAAGCACGAACCGAGGCAAGAUGACAGAAAUAAAAUAUCGUCAGCAGUACCGACGUACUUCGACCUGCCGUUGGGAAAGUUCUUUAUGCAAAUCGGGAUAAAUCUUGUUCAAGAAUAUGUGCAAACUGAUCUCUUACGGACUCAAAAGCGUAAGCAAGGCAAGGGUAGCACAUCGGCCGAGACUCAAUUAGCUAUAAAUUCACUUAUCAAGAAUCUAGAGUUUAGUAAAGAAAAUAACGAACCAUUCCAUUUAGAGAUGAAGAAAUGCGACUUCUGUAGUUUUAAAACGGAAUCGACCUUAGUCAUGCAGCAUCAUCUAGAGACCCCGCAUAUGCGCAAUUACGUUUACAAGUGCAACUUCUGCCCGAUGGAGGUUCGCAGUCCUCACGAUAUUCUCUAUCACAUGGAGGCGGAGCACAAUACUCGCGGCAGAUUGGAGCGCGGACCGGCCUUCCACCAGUGUCCGAAUUGUCCGUUCGAGGACAACCAGAAGGGAAAGCUGACGCGGCAUAUUCUCGCUUGCACGAAGAAGUUCAGACCGGAAAGGAAUCUGGAGCCCGCCGCGGACUGGGAGCCACCUGCGAAGAUACCGAGAUUAAAUCGCGCGCGACCCAUCGGCCCGACUAAUCCGAACGCGCUCGCCGCCAUGGCACUCAGUGCCAAAGGACCGCAGCCGCUGUUACCAAAAUUACUCCCCGCGCCGAUCACGGGCCGCGGAAGAGGGCGGCCGCCGAUGCAGCCGAGAUACUCCGACCUGAAGACCUUGCGGCCAGGUUCCACUACAAUGCGACAAGACAAUGUUGCAGGAAUGAUGUAUCGUCCUACAUCUUCCGGCUUACUGGUACCCACGUCAUACCAGUUUGGUACUAACCAAAUAUUCCAGGUGGUGGGUGGCUCUGGGACUGUCAUGUCGGCUGUCUCGGGGGUGAGUAGCAGUAGCGGCGGCAGUUCCGGUCAACCCACACCAAUUGCACUUGUACCCAACGUAAUCGACUCUCUGUCUAGGUUGUCCUCAUCACAGAACACAACAGCCAGUUCCAAAAAUCCUACAGCGAAGCUAUUAAGUCAGCCGAGUAUAUCCAUCACACCAUUGCCACGUACAACAUCGCAAACUUCCGUUCCAGGAUCAGGCACAUCUUCAAAAUCCGGGGGAAAAAAUACGUUUGUUAUAUGCGAAAUUUGUGAUGGCUACAUUAAGGAUCUAGAACAAUUACGAAAUCACAUGCAAUGGAUCCAUAAAGUGAAAAUACAUCCAAAGAUGAUUUACAACAGACCACCAUUAAACUGCCAGAAAUGCCAAUUCCGAUUUUUCACAGAUCAGGGUUUGGAAAGACACUUAUUGGGAUCUCAUGGACUUGUCACAUCCAGCAUGCAAGAAGCAGCAAAUAAAGGAAAAGACGCAGGCCGCUGUCCAGCUUGUGGCAGGGUAUAUCAAUGGAAAUUACUGAAUCACGUUGCUCGAGAUCACGGGAUGACAUUAAAACCAGCACAUCUAUCAUAUAAGUGUACAGUUUGCACUGCCACAUUCGGAAUGUACAAGCAAUUCGAGAAUCACGUGUACUCGGCGCACAGUGUCGUGGCGAAGAGAGUAAUGGAUAAGAAGAACGCACCCGCAUCUCCGUCGUCGAGAUCGAACGACUCGCUCUUGAAACCGCUGAAGAUUAACGACGAGAUCACGAUUAUUCCGCAACCGGCGAAACCCACAACCAGAUCCGGUGCGAUUCAAGGCAGAGGAAAAUAGCAAUGAUGAGCUUGAGUGAUACUCGUGUCUUGUCCGAUCGAAUUUCGCGUUACUCUUUGUGGUACUCUAUACCGAUCACUGUCAAGCGGUGAUUUAACGUACCGUGUACAUGUGUAUACUAUGCUUAAGAAGCGAAUUGCAACACCUAAAUGAGGGGGGGGAGGGGGGGGAGAAGGGGAAGAUAAGAAACAAAAGAAAAGAAAAACUACGAUUCUCGACGGCAGAAACCUAGUUGACUGCAAGUAAUAAUAUUCCAUCAAUGAUUAUACCGAUAUAUUUAUUUAAGAAUUUUUAUUGUUGUUAUCGGACCUACAUAAAAUAGACUGUAAAAACAUUAAAGGGUGGCCUUCAGUCUGACUCCUUGGUUAACUCCUAGAGCUGCGUACUCCCGACCUAUAAACGCCUAUGUGUAACACGGACUCUCUCGCGCGAAAUACCGAGCAUAUUUACAUUCAAUGUGACGAUGCAUGUUGUGACAUGUCGCGCGCAAUGCGAAUUACUCUCUUAAUAGCGAAUUCUCUAUAAUGUAUAAAUUCUUUUUCUAAGAUAAAUAUAUUCGAAUUUAUUCUAUUUUGUUAUUAUAAACGCUAACGCGACUUCGAAAAGACGGGGUUUGACUUUAAAUCUCCGAUUUAAUAGAAUGAUAAACAUCAUGUUUACAGAGCAAUUUCCGAAUGAUAUAUAAUGCGAUAAAUUGUAUUAAUUGACCAGAGUGCCCUCGACUGUCUCGCGAAUCUACAGUACACAGGUACUAACGACAAGUGUAUACUAGCUACCGUGUGUUUCUUUGGAUCGUAUGCAUAUUAUACUUUCAUUUCGCCAUCAUAUGUUUUUUUAAUUAACAGUUAGUGAAAUUAUCGUCAUACCCCUUAUUUAUGAUAUUUCAUGAAGCUGUGUGUAUAAAGUAAUUUAUACUUUACACACACAAAAAGGAAGCUUUUUUGUUUUUUUAAUCGGAUUUGUAAAUUGUACCUAUUAUUAUAAGUUUGACAUUUUAGUUACGUACACUGUAAUAAAAGCAGAAGACAUCCAAUUUAAUUUCUUGCGCUCUUAUUAAAAAAAAAAACAACAAAAAUGUACAUUAACAUAGAAUAUAAUAUAAAAAAAAUAUAUCAAUAAAAUAGGAUGGCACACACUCGUGUAUACAUUUUUUCUGAUAAACGUGGAUAUAAAACGGAGCAUUGAUCCUGUUAGCACACAGCGCGACGUACAUCUAUAACAUUUAUGUAUGUAUAUAUAUAAUAUAUAACAUUCACGAUAUUAUAUAUAUAAAUAUGUAAAAUUAUAAUAGCAUAGCAAUAGUGUAGUACAAGAAGAGACUAUUCAUUUCAUUUUCUUCUUGUAUGUACACUCCGAAUCGAUUAUAGGAUUACAUGAAUAUGUAGAUAGUCAUUAAAAGAAGUAACGGGUUUAAUUUAGUAAUUUCAAUUUGUCCCAAUAAUUUUUGUACGUUAUUGUAGGAUAUCAUUUUAGAGGAAACCGUAAUCAGCGAAGAAUAUGAGAUGGUGCAUUUUUUUGCACUGUAUGGCUGUAUUAUUUAAUUCUGCUAUCUUGCCAAACGCUUACGGCAAGCCAUGUUGGUAAAAUUAAGAAACAGACGUAAUUACAGAAAUAUAUAGUUUAUUGUAAUAAUUUGUACAAUAUUAUAUGAUUACAAAAAUAAAGUGUACCAACAUUGAACUAAAAUUCUUGCAGGUAUGCGUUUCACUCCGAAACCCAUCGUAAUUCAGCAGAGAGAUCGACAAAUUUCGCCUAAGCAAAACAGCACGAUCUAAGAAUAUAUUUCAUUGCUUCACA